UAUUAUUGUUAGUUUUUCAUUUCUCCUCCUCUGUGUUCCAUGUUAGGAUAUAUUAUACACAGAGUUUUUAUCUGCUGUGUGGAGAUAACCAAACAGAAAUCAUAUUGAUUUAUCAGCUCUCUCAUAAACCUGAAACCUGUUAAUGAACAACAGCUGGAACCAAAUAUUAACUGCAGACCAACAGCUGCAUCAUUCAGACACACUCAGCUCUUUCAGUUUGCUUGCGUGGUUAGAUUUUCUCCUGCUACUUUCACAGUCCUGGGUCAUGUGACCCAGUGUUUUUGAGUUUUCUUAUAUUUUGAUAUUCAUUGUUUAUAUUUCAUACUUUAUUAGAUUUUCUUAAAGUUAUUACAAUCACAACGGACAAUGGGAUGGCAAAAGAGAAAGAAGGAAAGAGAAGUUGGGAAAGAGUAAACAUGAUGAGAGGGAAAAAAUAGAAGAAACAACAGAUAGUGAGAAAAGAAAUGGAAAAUCUGAUCACCUGCUGAAAAAAGAAAACAACACAGUAGGAAGCCACAGGAACAACCAACAUAAGCAUAAGCAUAAGUAACAGUAAAUAAUACAUAUUGAAUGUUGCUGAGCUGCAUACAGUACUAAUACUGCAUGAUAUGUUUAGAGGCAGCAGCAAACCAAAAUAGUGUGUGUCUGUGACUACCUGUGUGUACACUUGUGUGCACACCUGUCUAUGUGUGUGAGCGUGCUUGUAUUCUUCAGGUUUCUCCAUGUAAGUGUCUACUUGUGGGUGUGAGCCAUAGCCCUGCCCCCAUGUAGCAGGCAUGGAGGAGAUCCGAGUCCCACAGAUCAAGAAGCCUCGCAAGAGCACGACUGCCCAGGGAGGCCAACUACAAAGGCUAUCUCACCAUCCACCCAGCAACCAUGGUGCAGUUGCCAUGGUUUGCCACAGCAACAAGCCCGCAGGCUCCACCGGCAGCCAGCUAUGCCAGACCAGACUGAGCCCCGGGCCCAGAGAACCAAGACUCAAGAGAAAACUCAACCUGACAGACAUCCAUAAGGAUUUAAAACAAACAUAAUAAUAUUUACACUAAAUAAUGUUUCCUGAUAUAUCAGAGACAAAACUUUACACACUUAAGAUGAAGUUCUCUUAAAAACAGUGCAGAGCAGAUAAUGUCUUGACCGUUAUCUUGUACUUGAACUAAUUGUUCAUGAUUCCUCCACAGAGUACACCAGGAGAGCUUAGCGCUUCCCAGUGGUCAGGUCUCCCAGCAGACUGAAACAGACCUGGACUCCACAUUUAUGCUGCUGGAGGACGACAUCAUCACUUUUGUGAAGAACGAGCUGAAGAAGAUUCAAACGUUUCUGAGUUCAGAUUACCCAGAAGGCUUAGAGAGUCAGGUGGAGGAUGAUGAGCAGAGGAGCAGAAGCAGAGUGUCAGUUGUGAAGAUUACACUGGACUUCCUGAGGAGGAAGAAGCAGGGGAAGCUGGCUGACCGUCUGCAUAGAAAACAUCUUGUUACAGUUUGUCCUCGUAAACUUAAAUCUAAGCUGAAGAAGAAGUUCCAGUGUGUGUUUGAGGUGGUUGCUAAAGCAGGAAACCCAACCCUGCUGAAUCAGAUCCACACAGAGCUCUAUUUCACAGAGGGAGGGACUGCAGAGGUCAAUGAUGAACAUGAGGUCAGACAGAUUGAAACUGCAUCCAGGAAACCAGACAGACCAGAAAAAACAAUCCGACGUGAAGACAUCUUUAAAGCCUCACCUGGAAGAGAUGAACCAAUCAGAACAGUGCUGACAAAGGGAGUGACUGGUAUUGGGAAAACAAUCUUAAUACAAAAAUUCAGUCUGGACUGGGCUGAAGGCAAAGCCAACCAGGACAUCCAGUUUAUAUUUCCAUUCACUUUCAGAGAGCUGAAUGUGCUGAAAGAGAAAAGGUUCAGCUUGGUGGAACUUGUUCAUCACUUCUUUACUGAAACCAAAGAAGCUGGAAUCUGCAGCUUUGAAGACUUCCAGGUUGUGUUCAUCUUUGAUGGUCUGGAUGAGUGUCGACUUCCUCUGGACUUCCACAAAAAUGAAAUCCUAACUGACCCUAGAAAGCCCACCUCAGUGGAUGUGCUGCUGACAAACCUCAUCAGGGGGAAAUUGCUUCCCUCUGCUCGCAUCUGGAUAACCACACACCCUGCAGCAGCCAAUCAUAUCCCUCCACAAUGUGUUGAUAUGGUGACAGAGAUCAGAGGGUUCACUGAUCCACAGAUGGAGGAGUACUUUAGGAAGAGAUUCAGAGAUGAGGAGAAGGGAAGCAGAAUCAUCUCCCACAUCAAGACAUCACAAAGCCUCUACAUCAUGUGCCACAUCCCAGUCUUCUGCUGGAUCACUGCUACAGUUCUGGAGGAUGUGCUGGAAACCAGAGAGGGAAGACAGCUACCCAAGAGCCUGACUGAGAUGUACAUCCACUUCCUGGUGGUUCAGGCCAAAGUGAAGAAGGUGAAGUAUGAUGGAGGAGCUGAGACAGAUCCACACUGGAGUCCAGAGAGCAGGAGGAUGAUUGAGUCUCUGGGAAAACUGGCUUUUGAUCAGCUGCAGAAAGGAAACCUGAUCUUCUAUGAAUCAGACCUGAUAGAGUGUGGCAUUGAUAUCAUAGCAGCCUCAGUUUACUCAGGAGUGUUCACACAGAUCUUUAGAGAGGAGAGAGGACUGUACCAGGAGAAGGUGUUCUGCUUCAUCCAUCUGAGUGUUCAGGAGUUUCUGGCUGCUCUUUAUGUCCAUCUGACCUUCAUUAACUCUGGGGUCAAUGUGCUAGAAGAACAACAAACAACCUCCCAGAAGUUCAAAAGAAGUCAAUCUUUUGACAUGCUCAUUUUUUUCCAGAGUGCUGUGGAUAAGGCCAUACAGAGCCCAAAUGGACACCUGGACUUGUUCCUCCGCUUCUUCCUGGGUCUUUCACUGCAGACCAAUCAGACUCUCCUGAGAGGUCUUCUAACACAGACAGGAAGUAGCUCACAAACCAAUCAGGAAACAGUCCAGUACAUAAAGGAGAAGCUCAGUGAGAAUUUGUCUGCAGAGAAAAGCAUCAAUCUGUUCCACUGUCUGAAUGAACUGAAUGACCGUUCUCUAGUGGAGGAGAUCCAACAGUCUCUGAGAUCAGGAAGUUUCUCCACAGAUGAGCUGUCUCCUUCUCAGUGGUCAGCUCUGGUCUUCGUCUUACUGUCAUCAGAAAAAGAUCUGGAUGUGUUUGACUUAAAGAAAUUCUCUGCUUCAGAGGAGCCUCUUCUGAGGCUGCUGCCAGUGGUCAAAGCCUCAAACAAAGCAUUACUUAGCACCUGUAACCUCUCACAGAGAAGCUGUGAAGCUCUGUCCUCAGUUCUCAGCUCCCAAUCCUCAAGCCUGAGAGAGCUGGACCUCAGUAACAACAUCUUACAAGAUUUAGGAAUGAAGCUUCUAUCUUCUGGACUGAAGAGUCCAAAUUGUAAACUGGAGACUCUGAGUCUGUCAGGCUGUCUGAUCACAGAGGAAGGCUGUAGUUCUCUGGCUUCAGCUCUGAGCUCCAACCCCUCCCAUCUGAGAGAGCUGGACCUGAGCUACAAUCAUCCAGGCUCCUCAGGAAUUAACGUGCUGUUGGCUGGACUUAAGGAUCCACACUGGAGACUGGACACUCUGAGGGUGGAGCCUGCUGGAGUCCAAUGGUUGACACCAGGUCUGAAGAAGUAUUCCUGUCAACUCACAAUCGACACAAACACAGUACACAGAGAACUUAAACUGUCUGACAACAACAGGAAGGUGACACGUGUGACAGAGGAGCAGUCAUAUCCUGAUCAUCCAGACAGAUUUGAUGGUCAUCCUCAGCUGCUGUGUAGAAAUGGUCUGACUGGUCGCUGUUAUUGGGAGGUCGAGUGCAAAGGAGACAUUUAUAUAUCAGUGAGUUACAGAAGAAUCAGAAGGAAAGGACGGAGUAAUGACUGUGUGUUUGGAUGGAAUGAUCAAUCAUGGAAUCUGCUCUGCUCUGAUGAUGGUCCUCGUUCUGUCUGGCACAAUAACAAAGAAACAUCCAUCUCCUCCUCCUUAUCAUCCUCCUCUGUCCCUAACAGAGUAGCAGUGUAUGUGGACUUUCCUGCUGGCACGCUGUCCUUUUACAGAGUCUCCUCUGACAUUCUGAUCCACCUCCACACCUUCAACACCACAUUCACUGAACCUCUUUAUCCUGGUUUUUAUAUCUGGUCUGGUUCCUCAAUGUGUCUGUGCUGAGUUGAGUAUAAAGAGUGUCCUCCUAUUAGAGAAACUGUUUUGAACAGGUAGUUUAAUCUGUACAUGUCUGCCUGAGGAAUGUAUCUCAAAAGUUACACUACCUGCUGGCUUUUAUUAGAUCAGAUCUUCAAUUAUCCUCCUCAUUUUCCUCCUUAUCACUCACACUCUUUUUAUCUGUGUUGGGUCUGUGUUUCCACAAGCCCCGCUAAUUCUAGAGACUUAUUCAUCAUGAAGAAAACAAGACAGUCG